AUGAUGUCUUUACCGAACAGAAGGAGCUCUAUUGUGACGUAUUUAGUGCUUGUGCUGCUGGAGUGUUACUGGGAAGCGGUGUCCGGGCAGCUCUCCUACUCCGUCUCAGAGGAGGUAAACCCGGGGACAUCUGUGGGAAAUAUCGCUAAGGAUCUAAACCUCAAUGUCCUGGAGUUGGAGUCUCGUAUGUUUCAGAUUAUCACCGGGUCCAAGAGAAAGUAUUUCGAGGUAAAUCUAAAGACUGGUGUUCUCUAUGUGAAUGAGAGAAUAGACAGAGAGGAGCUCUGUGCGAAGUCUUCGAAAUGUACAGUCAUCGUAGAGGCCGUUAUAAACAAUCCGUUGAAGCUUUACCGUGUAGAAAUUAACAUUUUAGACGUUAAUGAUAAUGAUCCGUCUUUUAGAAUACAUUCUCAAACAUUAGACAUUGCUGAGAGCACAUUACCUGGACUUAGAUUCGCUCUGUCAGAGGCCUCUGAUGCUGAUGUGGGUAAGAAUACUGUUAGUACAUACAAGCUUAGUCCGAAUGAAUACUUCUCGCUUGAUACACACAAAGGAGGAGGUAGUGUGUCUGCCGAGUUAGUGCUGCAGAAAGCUUUAGACCGAGAGAAACAGCCUGUGAUCCAGCUCACACUGACCGCUGUAGAUGGAGGAAACCCUCCGAAGUCUGGCACUUCACAGAUUAUUGUUCAUGUUUUGGAUAACAAUGACAACGCUCCAGUUUUUAGUAAUUCAUUAUAUAAGACUCGAAUUUUGGAAAAUGUGCCCCUCGGUACAACAAUCAUCACCUUAAAUGCCACCGAUGUCGAUGAAGGUACAAAUAGUGAAAUUGUGUACUCUCUUAGGAGCAAGGAACAGGACCAUUUCUUAGAUAUUUUUCAAAUAGACUCUAAAACAGGUAUCAUUACAGUUAAAGGGAAUAUUGACUUCGAGGAACACCCUGCCUUUGAGAUCCGUGCUCAGGCGAGUGACAGAGGCCAGCCCCCGAUGGCAGCGCACUGUAAAGUGCUGGUAGAAGUGGUGGACCUCAACGACAAUGCCCCUGAGAUCACUGUGACGUCACUCUUAGACACAGUGAAGGAGGACGCCAAGGUUGGCACUGCCAUUGCUCUCGUGUCAGUCCUCGAUAAAGAUGGUGGGAAAAAUGGAGUUGUCCAUUGUAAGGUUAAGAAUAAGGUCCCUUUUAAAUUGGAGACAAAUUAUAAAAACUAUUAUUCGUUAGUUGUAGAUGGGCCUCUUGACAGAGAGAGUGCUUCUCAGUAUAAUGUCACCAUCACAGCUACGGAUGAAGGGACCCCGCCUCUCUCUAGCACCAGCGUUGUUACUGUGCACGUUUCUGAUGUGAAUGACAACCCUCCUCGCUUCUCAGAACCCGUUAUUAAUGUUUAUGUGAAAGAGAACAGUCAAAUAGGCGAGCUAAUCACAACAGUGUCUGCAGUUGAUGCUGACGUCAGUGAAAAUGGUCAGGUGACCUACUCAUUCUUAGAGAGUAACAGCAACUCACUACCGCUGUCUACAAUGGUCAACAUAAACACAGUGACAGGAGAUAUAGUCAGCCUGCAGUCUUUUAACUAUGAGGAGAUAAAAACUUUCCAGUUUAAAGUUCAGGCCACAGACUCUGGUGUUCCUCCAAUCAGCAGCAACGUGACUAUGAACGUUUUUAUUCUGGAUGAGAAUGACAACAGUCCUGGGAUUCUCGCGCCCUAUUCUGAGCACGGCGCCGUUAAUACUGAGAACAUUCCCUAUUCUGCUGAAGCGGGCUACUUUGUGGCCAAGAUCAGGGCUGUAGACUCCGACUCUGGCUACAAUGCGCUGCUUUCUUAUCACAUCUCUGAGCCCAAGGGAACCAACCUUUUCCGAAUCGGAACCAGCACCGGUGAACUAAGGACUAAGAGGCGAAUGAGUGACAUCGACCUGAAAACUCACCAGUUGGUCGUGUUGGUUUCUGAUAACGGAGAACCCUCACUGUCAGCGACUGUGUCUAUUGACGUAGUGGUGGUUGAAAGUACAGGUGAAAUCCAGACUCAAUACAGAAACGUACCAAGAAAGGAGGAGAGCUUCUCUGAUUUAAACCUGUAUUUGCUGAUCGCCAUUGCCUCGGUGUCAGUGAUAUUUUUACUGAGCCUCAUCAGUUUAAUAGCUGUAAAAUGCUUCAGGACAGACGACAGUUUCAAAAGGUACGGCGCCCCAGUGAUCACCACACACCCUGACGGGAGCUGGUCUUACUCUAAAUCUACUCAGCAGUAUGACGUGUGUUUCAACUCAGACACACUGAAGAGUGACGUAGUGGUGUUCCCCGCACCGUAUCCACCUGCAGAUGCAGAACUGAUCAGUAUUAACGGCAACGAAACGUUUAACAGGAAUCAGACAUUACCCAACAAAGAGAAGGCUCCUCCCAGCUUCAGAGGGUGA